CUUCCAUCCUAACUUGCACGUUGUAACACGCAGGACUUCGGGAGCGAUCGUGUCAUCUCACAACGCAAAAAGCUUGCUUGAAGAUGACUUCGCACGCUGAUUCGCAAUCAUCGGUGUCUAGCGGCCAUGGGCUCGGUUACUCUCAACCACUCCUGCUCAGCGACACCCCCUCCGAAGACCGCGCUCCUUUGGAAGUCGAUGGAGAAGCCGUGAAACUAGAAGACCUGGGACCCAUGGUUGUGAAUUCGGACGGGACCCUAUCCCGCAUCGCAAACUGGGCCCAAAUGACGCAGGCAGAAAGAGAGACCACGAUGAGGGUUCUCUCUGCCAGGAACAAACUUCGUUUGGCUGAGGUAGCGAAAGCGCAAGCUGAGGAUUAGCUCAACCCAGGCCAGCUAGGCUCAGAUCCCAUCCUCUCUGUGUCAUUUCGAUCGAUCUCAGUACCGCAAUGCUUUGACAGAACGAGUUCCUAAGCCCAACCUGGAAAAUCUCAUACAGGAUCCAUAUUAUUUGGCCGGAAUAUCUUUUUCAUUCUACUUCAGCUCGGCGAGAAUGACACACGUGCACAUGGGACUCAUGAAGUUUCAUGGAGACCGACCAUUUCAAAUCCACUUAGUCAAUGAAACUUGUGAGAGCACAGUACACGUGAUAAUCAAUCAAUCAGAUGCCAUCACCUACUGAAAAUUGCCCUCGUUCUCUGCCGUAGAGUGGUCGGUUCACGAAACGUGUGGGCCAUCCAUCUGAAACAUUCAGAGACGCCUGCAGACGUCCAUCGGUGUUAUAACAUGACUCGAGAUGAACGUGAGCAAUUGGCAUCAGUGAGUAACGACACAUCACGUGGCUGUUGCCAUCUGGAUUAGGCAAUUGCAUCUUUCUCUGCGCGUUGUCGAGCCGCCAGCCUCCGCCAGCGACGCAGGUAGCCAGAGCCACCGCGGGUGAGGCACAACCACGAUGAGCCUACAGAUUCCUCCCCCGACGUCCCGGCCCGUAUCGGCCGCCGUCGCGCCUUCAUCGCAGAGUCGACGUCAGCCUCCCGCACAACACCGUGCCUCACACCAAGUUGUCACAUCCUCCUCCUCUUCACCAGCCCACGAACCCUCGUCCAACUCGAAUGGCUACACGGACGUGUACUCUCACCCCGCGGCGACCGCAUAUGCGGCCGCGCACCCGCGACGGACCAUCCCCAAAUUCGGGCCAUACCUCCUGCUGCAGACGCUUGGGGAGGGCGAGUUCGGAAAAGUAAAGCUGGGACUCCAUUCACAGUGGGGAGAAGAAGUUGCGGUCAAGCUCAUUAGGCGCGGAAAUGUCGAUAGCGCGGUCCGGAUGUCCAAGGUCGAGCGGGAAAUUGAAGUUCUACGAACUCUAAAGCACCCGAAUAUUGUCCGACUCUACGACGUUAUUGAGACUGACAAAUACAUCGGUAUUGUCAUCGAGUACGCUUCGGGUGGCGAGCUUUUCGACCACAUUCUGGCCCACCGAUACCUCCGAGAACGGGACGCCUCGAAGCUAUUUUCGCAACUGAUCUCCGGUGUCUGGUAUAUUCACCAGAAGAAGAUCGUCCAUCGUGAUCUCAAGCUGGAGAAUCUCCUUCUCGACAGACACCGGAAUGUCAUCAUCACCGAUUUUGGCUUUGCCAACCGUUUCGAGCAUCGCGCGGACGAUCUUAUGCAGACCUCUUGUGGCUCGCCGUGCUAUGCCGCCCCUGAGCUGGUCAUCUCCGAGGGCUUGUAUGUGGGUAGCGCGGUGGAUAUAUGGAGUUGUGGAGUUAUCCUCUACGCCAUGCUCGCAGGUUAUCUUCCAUUCGACGACGACCCCGCCAAUCCCGAUGGCGACAACAUCAACCUUUUGUACAAAUACAUCGUCAAUACGCCACUUUCUUUUCCAGACUACAUCUCCGACGAGGCGCGCGAUCUGCUGAAGCUUAUGCUCGUCCCCGAUCCUCGCAAACGUGCCAGUCUUGAUGCGGUCAUGCAGCAUUCAUGGCUGGCCGCGUACCAUGUCGAGCCCAAGUUCCCGGGAGUGCCAAAUGCUUUCGGGAAGACUGUCGACGAGCUAGAGAGCGCGGCGAUGGAUCAGCACCAGAUGAAGAGGCUUGCCUACCAGCGUCAAAUGCGCGCAGCGGCUGCACCGGCAGCGGCGCCGGCGCCCCAGAUCUCUCGCUCGCAGACUCUGACCCAGUCCCAGACUCAUACCCAAAACCAGACCCAGAGCCACAGUCAGCGGAACCGUCGCCAACCGGAGACGUUGUACGAUUCUGCGUCUGGCGGCAUGUUUGCUGAUGACGACGAUCCGUUCGGACCUCCUCCUGGUACAUCCAGACGACCGGCAGAAACGGCGCAAGACGAGGGAGAAGCUGGCGGUGAAUCCAAAGUCAGAGCGGCGGAGGUCGAAUCAUCUCGCAAGGAGGUGGAAAGUCCUAGAAAAGGAAAGGAGAAGGAACGGGACGAGCGUUUCCGGCACACGGUCCAGAUCGAGUACGGCGAGCGGCGCGGCCAGCGUACUCGCGCAGAGAGCUCUGGCGGAAGGGAGAUACCGAUCGAGUUCGCUCCUGCAAGUCCUUCGAAGUCGCCGCAGGGCCCUUCGCGGUCUGUCACUGCGCCGGUCAUGCUGCCAAUCUCCCCGCCUGCCCUUCCAGUUGCUCCUCCGGUGCCAGCUUCAUCCCCCCAGACGAACGGCGUGGACAGCUCGAGCAUUUCAGAACGGAAGGAGAAGCGUCGACGCGGAAGCACCUCGUCAGGCGGCGCUCCCAAGCCUCUUCCUCCCGAUCCGAACCUGCCGCCCACGACCUGGAAGAACUCAUCUCCCAAAGGCUCGGAAGCAGUCGUGGAGCGGCCUGCCGUCACCGAAAUCUUCAACAACGGCGAUUUCGCCGCGGAGAAAGAGGCCGAGGCGGAGACCCCCAGCAAAUCCGAUGCAAAGAAGAGUCGCCGCAACACGCUGACGGGGCUUACCGUGAUAGUGAACCCCAUCAAUUCCAUCCGCAGCACCAUGUCGAAGAAGAAGGAGCCGGAAACCGCAACGAGUGUUGCUCCGCCGGCGUCCCUCGCGGCUGCGCCCGCCCCGGCGCCGCCGCUAUCAGCCACUGGAGACAAGUCGUUCGAGGCGGAAGGCAGCGGCAUGAGAGCGAGCACCAGCAAAGCCCGCAAGGUCAUGGACUGGAUCAGGAAAGGACGCGACAGCCUUUCUGUGGGUGCCCCCGGUCCCGUGACCGCUUCCCCGGCAGACUCGAUUUCGGACAUGGGCGAUUCCGCUGGCCCUGUGCACAUCACGGUCACGACUCCGAGCUCGGCCCUUUCGCCGAUCGUCUCAGCCACCGUCGGCGCGAAGAAGACAGCCGCACCCGAAGCUGUGUCGGCGUCUGCCGUUUCCCCCACGACAACAGUGGCCAGCUCGACGAGUUUCAGGGACCGGUUCCGGCGAUCUAUCAAUGUCGGAGGCUCUGGCCACGAGACCUCGAGCAAGGCUUCCCGCGAGGCCGUUUUGCCUGCUGGCGCUGUCAUGCGCGUGCACCACGGUGCUGUCGACCAAGGGACCAUCACCACUGGCAAGCCUCCGCAGGUCAUGGAGCAUGUCAAACAGGUUCUGCAGGGUAUGGGCAUCGAGCUCGCUGUCGAGACCGAAUUCAAGCUUCGUUGUGUGCGACCGAAGCUGCGUCGCUCGGGCAAAGCCACCAUCAGCCCCCAGGGUGUGGCUGCGUUCACGAUGGUUGGCAGUGCCGGAUCGAACGGGGUCGACAAGCGUGGACUGCCGAUGCCUUCGCAGUCGUCGUUCAGCAGCGGAGGGAUGUUGCGCGGGCUUCUCAUGCGUCGGCAGUCGUCGCAGGUCUCCACUGGACCCACUGCCUCGCCGACUGCUUUCGAUCCAGACGAGAGUGGCAUCAUCACGUCCGAGCCCACGUCCGAGACGGUGUACGGCGUGACUGGAGAAGACGCAGGGGACGAAGUCCGCUUCUCCGUCGAGCUGACUCGUAUCGACCGUUUGAAUGACACUUACAGUCUCGAUAUUCGACGGAUGAAGGGUAAUCUCCGGAGCUACAAGUUCCUGUAUGAUAUGCUGAGAAAGCGGGCUGAUCUGCAGCGGGCCCUGUCAUAAACCGUCUUUUCCCAUUUCCCAAAGUGACCCAUUUUCUUCCCGCUCACCGUGUUUUCCGCUUCCAGUAGUUUUCUCUAGUUACGUACCGCCUAAUCUCUCGUUCCCUUUCAAAAUUAGUUCAGUUACCUAGGCUGGCAAUUCUCCCAUCAUCCAUCGGCACACAAGUUACCACCAUCCUCAUCCUGCUCCGUUUGUUGUUAGACGACGUCCAUUUACUUGAUCGCCUAGGGCUUACGGAUUGUAUCAUGUAUAUAAUUAUGCUCCAGCCAGCGCUUGUGAAUGGCAAGCAGCCCGCAAGCCC